CGCUUAGCUUAACCAGAGCUCAAAUUCUCAAGUCAAUAGCAGGCACCACCACCUCCUCCUCCAAGAUCUGAAUAGAGAAAAACCUCCGGCGGGAACGAUGUGCGGCUGCGACGAUUGCUGCGGCUGCAUCUCAUACAGGACCAGGGAGAACAUCAAGUACGGCUGCAUCUGCUUCGGCGUCCUCGCCGUCCUGGCCGUCUUUGCCGUCCUCCUGGCCGCCUACGCCUUCCUCCGCCACGUCAGCAUCACCGUGGAGGACGCGUCGCUGACCAGGUUCGCACUGCUGACCACCCCGGUGACGGCGCUGGCGUACAAUCUCUCGCUGACUCUCAACGUCCGCAACCCGAACUGGGCGAUGAGCAUCAAGAACACGGAGCCGUUCGAGGCCGCCUACAAGUUCGACGGCCAGCAGUUCGACCGCGUGCAGGUCUCUGACAAGGGCGACAAGCAUCCCCCUCGGAAGACCAUGGUUUACCGCCUUGACUCGGGAUCAGACGGCGCCCUCGUGUCGCUGGGCAACGCCGGCGUGGUGGAGUACAAGGAGGAGAACGAGACAGGUGUGUUCGAGGUGGAGGUGGCGCUGACCCGCAAAGUGAGCUACACAGCGCGCUACACCAAGUGCAAGAUCGAGGCCACCUGCAAGCUCAAGCUCAAGCUCGUGAAGCCCGAGACGACCACGGUGGUGUUCGAAAAAGUGAAAUGCAAGCUAGAAAAGGCCGACAAAAACUGCUAGAUACUUCCUCCAUGUUUGUGUGUUUGUUUGUUUCCAUUCUCCCACUCUUUGAUGAAAGAUGUGAUGAUACUUUUUGAUGUCGUCUUGCUAAUUCAACAGCGAGCCCCAAGGCGGGAUUCAAUUUUGUAAACACAUUUGUUCAAUCUCAUGUACUUUAAACUUCUUCUAGCGCUACUUGAA